UGCAACUUUUGGCGCUUCACCGGUGCACUAAAAUAGUGUCAACACCCAUUCAACCUCAAUUGAUGAAGUCUGAGAGAGCAUAUUAACCCUGGAUAAACUUCAAUAAUGAAAUAAUUUUUCUGAGUUAGUAUCAUAUUUGAAAUCAUAUGAUAAGGUGUGCAUUGUUGCUUCGAAGUGAUCACUUCCGAACUGGAAAACUGAAUUACCGAGUGUUGUUGCAUGCAUGCUGUAACGUUCGUAGAUGUCCGUAAACGCGAGGAUUCAAUGGGGGAACCGUAAAAAGACGACGCAACACGCACUCCCUCACGUAAACAUUGAGAAAUCUUAACUUAGACCCUUCAUUGAUUCACGUUUUUCUUGUUUAUUGAUCUAUCCUGUCUGUGUAGCUCGAUCUAUUUUGGGGGCUCAGUAACUCUGUCAGCCCGGGGGCAGUGAGCGGAAAAUAAUCGCAGCGAAGCAUUUGCAAUGAUGCAUGCUGCCUCGGAUACCUUCGCCAUGUUUUGGAGGUUUGGAAUGCCGACGACGUCACAUAUUGACACGUUGCUAGAAAAAGAGGAUAUCACAUUAUCAGAAGUACUAGAAGAAGACGAUGUAUUACAAGAAUGCAAAGGACAGAACAGGAAACUGAUAGACUUCCUGGUGAGGACAGAUGUGAUAGAGGAGUUAGUGAACUUGAUAACGAGCGAGCCGUCCCAAGACCUCCAUGAGUCUGUACAGUACAAGAACCCCAACAUGGCCUGCGAGCUCCUCACGUCCGACGUGGCCGCUAUAUGCGACAAGCUAGCAGACACAGAAACGGCUUUCACCAGUCUAUGGAAGUUCCUAGACAGGCCGGCCCCCCUCAACCCCCUCCUAGCCAGUUUCUUCAGCAAGACGAUAGGGUCGUUGCUAUCGAGGAGACCCGAGGUCGUCGUCGAGUUCAUCAAGGGCAGGGAGGACUGCAUAGGCCUACUCCUCUCCCAUCUAGAAGUCUCCGCUAUCAUGGACCUCAUCCUUAGGCUAAUCACAUGCAUCGAGUCCCCAGAAAUUAGGAUAGCAUUCCUCAAUUGGUUAAAUGAUCAAAGGUUCAUCCAAAGACUAGUAGACCUCAUAGACACCGAGCAGUCAGAGGACACACAUAGCAACGCAGCACAGACCUUGUGCGAUAUCGUCAGGCUCACUAGGGAACACAUGUCACAAUUACAAGAAUGUGCCGAUAACGAUCCUUUACUCACAACAAUAGAAAUGGAAGAAACAGUAUCAGAGUUACUAGAUCACAUGUUCAAGGGUACGAUAACAGAGUCAGCAAUAGUCAACGGUAUUUCAAUUUUACUUUCAUUAUUGGAGUUCAGGAAACAAGGGGCUGCAUGGGCGCUGUCCUUUGGUCCAGACGGUCAAGAACAGAUGACCCAGCUGGACGCGGAGAGGUUAGCUAGGGGGGUCAGCGGUACACUCAAAGCAGUCGUCAGUAGAUUAGCAGAUAUGCAGCAGUUAUUAGAAGACCCGCCUGGGAGAAAAGAAAUGUCAACGACAGUAGGCAAACUGGAGCCACCCCUUGGUAAUGUUAGGUUACAAAUCAGCAAAUUAGUCUCAUCGCUACUCAUCACUAAUACAGCUGCUAUCAAUGCUGAACUGGCAAGACUAGGCACCAUCAAGAAAUUAGUCGAUCUCUUCUUAACGUAUGCAUGGAAUAACUUUUUACACUUAGAGGUGGAGAAGUCAAUUAGUACAAUUCUUUCCAACAACCCCACAGAGUCAGAAGAAGGCAAGACGCAACAUCCGCUCCUAGUACAUCUGUUCACAGAAAGCAAGCUAAUUCCCAAAGUGAUGGAGGCGUGGGAGGAGAACGACAUUCAUCAGAAGCAGGGCAGGUCACGGAGAGGUUACAUGGGUCACAUGACCAGGAUAGCCAACGUCCUCACCCAGGAGAUGGAGAAAGGUUGCAAUAAUGAACAGAUCAAAUCUCUCUAUCAAGAAUAUAUCCCUGAAGAUGUAAGAGAGAAAUGGAGUUCAUUUCUAGCUGGCAGUCUAGCAGAAACCAACAAGAGAAAUCUAGUUGAAUUGGUCGGUACCCAUCCGCUGCAUUCGUCAAGUGAAGACGAUGAUUCCGACUUCAAGGACAUCGACUUUGGCAAAGACACCGCUCUUCAACAGGCCUUCUCCGAUUAUCAGAUGCAACAAAUGACGUCCCAUUUUAUUGACCAGUUCGGCUUCAACGACGAAGAGUUUGCAGAGCAAGAGGAGAAUGUCAACAAUCCAUUCGACAGGAUAUCAGACAUCAACUUCUCAAUCUCUGCAAAUGAAGACAACCCUAACUCAGCCCUAUUUGAAGCCUGCUGCAAUGAGAGAGUACAACCCUUCAACGACAGUAAUAGUGAUGAGGAAGAUAUCUGGGAAGAGAAAGAACUCACGUAUACAGCCAACAAUGACCUCAGGUCAAGUGAUGUAUCAUCCAAGAAUGAAGGAGGUAGUGACCAGGCCAACCAUAGUAGUAGCGACGAGGAUGAGGAUGGAGAUAACACAGUAGAAGAGUUCCCUCCCCUGGAGAGGGCGGCACAGAGCCCUCUAGCGGGUCAGAACGGAGAGGACACCAAGAUGGAUGUAGACUCAGAAAACACAUGGCAAGCCAACUUUGAGCAAGCUCCUGUUGCCAUGGAUACGACCCCAAGCGGCUGGGAGCAACCUUCAUCGUCGACGGCAACGGCGGGAGGAGGAGACGAGGAUACAGGAUGGGCCAACUUCAAUGAAUUCAAUGCUAACUUUACACCCGAAGACGGUUCACAUGGACCAAGGAGUAGCUCCCCUGUGGCGAUGGAAAGCGAGCCUUCAUCACAAGACCUCAAGGAGACAAGCGAAGCAAUGGCAUCGUCAUCUAGUCCCAGCUCAGAUGUUCAAAGUUCAACAGAUACUGUUAGAAGUUCAGCAUAUGUUGUGUCAAGUAGUUCUUCAGAUCAGGCACCGGUUGGUGAAGGAUCACCCAACACCUCAACAGAAGCUGUUCAAGAUCAGUCAGAAGAGAAAGCCAUGGUAGUGGAACCAGCAACGUCAUCUCCUGUCGACAACAGAAUAUCACAAGAGGCCAACGUCCCAACUAGCCAUCAGUCCAACGACCAAACUCUAAACAAUGCAGUUAGUAGUUCAUCUGACCCUAAGGGAACAUUAACAAAUGCAGCUCCUGUCGAGCCGCAAGUUCCUAUGGACUUACCCGUUAGUAAUCCUGUUCAAAGCAAGCCAGACACGGCAGCUAUAGUUCAAAAUGACUGUAAAUCCCCUGUUAGUAGUAAUCAAGUAUCGGUGAACAGUAGCCUUGUGUCGUCGGUCAUUUCUAGUCAAGAUUCAACGUCUUUGAAUAUACCUCUCUCCAAUUCGAAUCCCAACUCGCACGCGGACAACUCUCCCAGCCCCAGUUCGGUCAGCCCGAGCUUGACCAGCGCGGACUUGCCUAGCAGCGAGAAAUGCGGCAUGAGCAACACGGCGCUUCACACGAACCCCGGACAGUGUAUACCCACCAUGGGUUGUAACGCCGCCGAUCCCAAUAACUUAUCUCCCGUCGAGAACUCGAGUAAUCACACCAUGGUCAACGAUGUCGGGAACACGGACAUCGGCAUCAACAUCAAGGCGGAUUUGAAGAUGGAGCUGAGCGAGGAAGUGCCGUCGCCGACGACGCCGACGACGCCGACGACGUCGCCCGUCGAUGGGGAUAGCAGUCCGGAAGCUGCUGUGACGAUCUCGCCGGUGGCCGUUCAGGAGGAGAGCAAUAAUGUUCAUUCAGAUCUAGUCAACAAUGAUGCUAACCUUUCACCUGAGGGGGAUACAGCAGAUAAGCUUAGUUUCAUUGCCAAGUCUGAGUUCAUGAAGUCUGGAGCUAGUUCUCAAUCUCCCAGUUCCCCAAGCCCCAAUGGACCUCUGGAUCUCCAAGACUCUCAACAUAAUAGGAAUGAUUCCUCAGAUAAUAUUGACAUUCAGGUUACUGCAGUAACUCAGAAUGGACCCGUCUGACACAACUCCCCACCCCCGCAAUGCACGUAGAACAGUCCAUGCUGCCAUCCACCCAACAGUGCCGUCGGGUGCAGUCCACUCCGCGCGAGGGAGGAGAGGAGCGUCUCAAUCGGAGGGAAGAAAUCGAUCCCCACAGCACUCACGAUAAGCAA